AUGAGCAGGAAUGUUAUUGAGCUUAAAGCUGAGUUGAAAAAGAAAGAAUUCGAAAUAUCCAAUCAAAUAGUAUUGAUAAAUGACCUCCAAAACCAACUAUCAGCUCUACAAUCAGAAAUAAAGCAACAACACUCCAUUACAUCUAAUUAUCAGACUGAAUCAGCUACUAUCUGCCAAGAAAACAAUCAAAUUUUAAACAAUAUAGAGUCAGCUCGGAAAUUACUUGCAAGUGAUCAAAAAAUCUAUGCAGAAAGAAUGAAAAAUAAAAAUAUUUUAGAAAAGAAACAGAAGAAGUAUCAGCAAUUUCUUGUUGAACUUAGGUCUAACAUUAAAACAUAUAAAUCAGAAACGAAAAAAACAAAUAAGAAUAUUCAGAAAUAUAAUGUAGAAACUCAACAAUUAAUAGACGAAAUUCGAUUGUUACAGAUGGAAAAUAACGAAUUAGAUAGAAAAUAUAACUUAGUUACAGAAAUUGAAACAGAAAAAUCAAAAAUAACAUCUAAGAUGGAUCUCAUCGAUAAAAAACAAAUCGAAACAUAUAAUAUUAUUGAAGCUUUAUCUAAGAAAUCAAUGGAGAAGGAAUAUGAAAAACAACAAUAUGAAUCAACCCUAAUUGAUCUUCAAAAUCAAGAGCUAGAACUUAGAGCAUUAAUUGAGCAACAACAUCAACAAUAUAUUAAUGACGUAUAA